CAUACAAAUGUCCUUAUCUAACUUUAUUUUAUACAUUCAACUUUACCACAAGUAAUGCAUAUAUUAAGGAGAGACCCUUUUAAAUGCACAAUUUGGUAUCCCAAAAUAUUGUUAUAAAUAAAGCAUCUUCCCUCCCUCACUCUUUAAUUUGCUUUCACUUCAUCUCUCUUUCUCUCUCUCUCUUUCUCUUCUCCUCUGUCCUGUUCAAACUUCUGUUUUAGUUCUCCAUUCAUUUUUUGUGCUAAAAAAGAACCAACAAAAUGGGUGCUCUCUAUUUCCUUUCUGACUAGUUCUCAGUUUCCACCCCAAAAAAGAAACGCAAACCAAUGCAGACAGUUGAAAUCAAAGUGAAGAUGGACUGUGAUGGCUGUGAAAGAAGAGUUCGCAAUUCUGUUUCCAACAUGUCAGGUGUGAAAGAGGUAGAGGUGAAUAGAAAGCAAAGUAAGGUAACAGUAACAGGUUACGUGGAUAGAAACAAGGUCCUAAAGAAAGUACAAGGAACAGGAAAAAUAGCUGAGUUUUGGCCUUAUAUUCAGUACAACUUGGUUGCAUAUCCCUACGUGGCACAAGCAUAUGACAAGAAGGCACCAUCUGGGUAUGUGAAAAACACUGAACAAGCAUUCCCCAACCCAAACGAUGAGAAACUCACAUCUCUCUUCAGUGAUGACAACCCUAAUGCAUGUUUAAUCAUGUAAACCAUUUUCAGUACAAGAUCAGAGCUACCUUGCAAGUUCAUAUGCUUCACUGCUUCAUCUCUGCAUA